CCCUUCGGGAUCGCCACUUCCUGAGCAUGAUGUCCUAUAUGAAGCAGCCUCAUUACGCAGUCAAUGGGUUGACCCUAGCGGGACCGGGCAUGGACCUGCUCCACUCCGCCGUGGGAUACCCAACCACCCCGCGGAAGCAGCGGCGCGAGCGGACGACUUUCACGCGGGCCCAGCUGGACAUUCUGGAGGCUCUUUUCACCAAGACCCGCUACCCCGACAUCUUCAUGCGGGAGGAGGUAGCGCUCAAGAUCAACCUGCCGGAGUCCCGGGUGCAGGUUUGGUUCAAGAACCGCCGGGCCAAGUGCCGGCAGCAGCAGCAGCAGAGCAGCGGCCAGGCCAAGGCGCGGCCGGCCAAGAAGAAGAGCUCGCCGGCCCGGGAGACCAGCUCGGAAACCAGCACCAAUGGGCAGUACAGCCCCCCGCCCGCCGGCACCUCGGGCACCCCCAGCUCCACGGCCAGCGCCACCGUCUCCAUCUGGAGCCCGGCCUCCAUCUCCCCCAUCCCCGACCCCCUGGCCUCCUCGGCCACCCCCUGCAUGCAGCGCUCCGCCGCCUACCCCAUGACCUACACUCAGGCCGCCGGCUACCCCCAGAGCUACGCCGGCUCGUCCUCCUACUUCACCGGCCUGGACUGCGGCUCCUACCUCUCGCCCAUGCACCCGCAGCUCUCCGCCCCCGGCGCCGCCCUGAGCCCCAUCGCCGCCCCGGCCAUGGGCAGCCACCUCAGCCAGUCCCCGGCCUCCCUCUCCAGCCAGGGCUUCGGCACGGCCGGCCUGAGCUUCGGCUCGGUGGAUUGCUUGGACUACAAGGAUCAGACGGGCUCUUGGAAACUCAACUUCAACGCCACGGACUGCUUGGAUUACAAAGAUCAGAGCUCCUGGAAGUUCCAGGUCUUGUGAAGUGGCGGGAGGCAGCCAGGGAGACGCCCCCUGUCCGUUGUUCCCCCCCCACCCCCCGAAGGCCCGUCCCUCCCCUCCCCGCUGCCACCUCCUCCAACCACCUUGGCUCCGACCUGUGUCCGGGGUGGAGCUGGACUGAGAUCGCACCCGGCGUCGGGGAUUCCCCCUUUCCCGGGACCACGGCAGGGAUUUGCCCUUCCUUGGUGAGCAGCCGGAAACUUGCCCUGGUUGGUCGUUCGGUGGCUGAGAACCUCACCCCCCAUGGCCACAGGGGCCCCUCACCCCCCAUGGCCACAGGGGCCCCUCACGCCGGGCAGCACCGCGGGGGUUUCUUCCCGCCCGAGCCCCGGACACGAAAUCUGUCGCGGAGUCUCAGCCGGGAUCCCGCCCUGCUGAUUUCCUGGGGGCGGGGGCUGGCGGGGGUGGCAGCCUCCCCUGU